AUGAUAAGCGGAAGCAUACCACAACAGAUUGUCAAUCUGACAAACUUAACUUUAUUAAAUCUAGGCAGAAAUCUUUUCAGCGGCAAUAUUCCAUCUGGAAUUAAAAGAUUCCGUGAGUUGGAAAGACUGUAUUUGUUUGGGAACAAAUUAGGAGGAGGCAUUCCAAGGAAUAUCCCUGUUAGUUUGGAGGGAUGUCAGAAGUUGGAGCUCCUUGACUUAUCUUACAAUAAACUAGGAGGAAGGAUACCUCGUGAAGUCACUGCCAGCCUUACAAACCUGCAAUUCUACCUCAAUCUUUCAUGGAAUUCUCUGGAAGGAUCGUUGCCGCAGGAGAUGAGUAAAAUUGUGACGGCUCAAGCCAUAGAUAUAUCUGGAAAUCGACUUACUGGGGUCAUUCCAAUUUCUGUAGGAGACUGCACAGCAUUAGAGCAUCUAAAUCUGUUCCACAAUUCCUUUGAAGGUACAAUACCAGAUUCACUCUCCAAAUUAAAAAAUCUGCAACAACUGGAUCUUUCUUUCAAUAAUUUGUCAGGGCAGAUUCCAGGAGGAGAGUUAUUUCCAAAUAGAAGUGUUGGAACAUUGUUUAUGAGAAACCCUGACCUAUGUGGCCCAAAAAUUUAUUCAUUGCCUCCAUGCCUAAAUCAAACCCAAGGAAAACAUUCCCUGCCCAGAAAAAUAGUCUUAUCAGUCGUUGGAACCACUGCAUUUUUAUUAUGCCUUUUCCUUAUGGGAAUGCUAUGGAGGCAUAAAUUUUCAAAGCAGCUAGUCCGUCCCUCUAGCUUUAUUUUUCGAGGGCUCCACUAUCAAAAAAAAUCUUAUCAGGAUCUUGUCAUUGUAACAUCUGAAUUUGAUGAGUCAAACUUGCUUGGAGUUGGUAGCUUUGGAUCAGUCUACAAAGGGAUUUUAAGGGAUGGUAAGAUAGUUGCUGUCAAAGCUCUUAAUUUGCAAAAUGAAGAAGCUGAUAAGAGUUUUGUCAUGGAAUACAAAUUAUUAGGGAAGAUUCGGCACCGUAACCUCAUUAAAAUCAUAAGUGCAUUUUACUACCCUGGUUUCAAAGGUUUGGUUCUUGAAUUUCCAUCUAAUGGGAGCUUGGAAAAUCAUUUGCACCCUCACACAGAUGAUGAGGGAUUUUGUAUAUUGGGAUUCAGUGAGUGUUUGAGCAUUGCUAUAAAUGUAGCCCAUGGCAUGGAAUAUCUACAUCAUGAUUGUCCUUUACAAAUUGUGCACUGUGAUUUAAAACCUAGCAAUGUGCUCCUCGAUGCCAACAUGACAGCCCUUGUCACUGAUUUUGGUAUAUCCCGUCUAAUUGCUGCUCCAAACUCCAUAGAUUCACUGAAGUAUGGACUGGGUGGGAGUGUUUCUACAAAGGGAGAUGUUUAUAGUUAUGGAAUUCUGGUAUUAGAGAUGGUUACAAGGAAGAGGCCAAGUGAUGACAUGUUUUUGGGAGACCUGAACUUGCAAAAGUGGGUGAGAUCUUCUUUUCCAAACAGAUUAGCAGAUAUUGUUGAUAGUGAGCUGUUGAAAGAUGUGAAUGAAAACAUGGAAGACCAUAGAUGUUUUCUUUCUUUUAUUCAUGUUGGUUUUCUUUGUGCUAGUGAAUCACCAAGAGAGCGACCUUCGAUGAGAGAUGUAGCCAAUGCCUUGGAGAAUCUCAAAACAUCUUUGAUGGGAGGUGCAGCUGCUUCUAAUUUGACAUCUACCCUAUCAGACCUUCUGGACAAUACCAAUCCCACAGCUGCAUUGGCAUCUGACAGUCAAAGCUUCAGAAAUUUGAAAGCAAAAGGAACUGAACUGUUUGACAAAAUGCAAAAUGUGGAACCAGGGACAAAGCAUAUGUGCACGCAAACUAAUACCUCAAAGGGAUUUUAUCUCAGGAAUGCAACCUUUGCACGAUUUGCAGAAAAUGGAUUUGUUAACACGGCUUUGAAAACUUUAAAGCAAAUGCAAUCGGCUGGUGUAAAGCCAAAUUUCAUCUUUUUCUUUGCGCACAGCAAGUGA